CGCCAUCUUGUGGCGUUUUGUUUUAACAGCAUCAGUGUAGAAAACAUUGAGCCAGCCAACUGAAACUAUGUGACCAUGGACAAUGUAAAAGAUGGAUAGAUAGGAUAGACUACAUGGCCAAGAGUAUGUAGACACCAAAACAUGACAUCCACAUGCAAUCGUUGAACACUGAGCGUCUGCUGCUAUGAAGGCCUCCUCUCUUCCGGUUUCAGGCUUUCCAAAACAUUUUGAAACCUGGCUGCAGGAAUUUGCUCCCAUUCAGCAACAAGAGCAUCAGUGUGGUGAGGUGGUCGACUACUGAUGUUUGGGGAUAAGGUCCUGGCCGGCGCCCCAGUUUAUCCCAAAGGUGCUGAAUGAAGUUGAGGCCAGGGCUCUGUGCAGACCAAAAACCAUUUGUUUAUGGACCUGGCUUUGUGCUUGGAGGUACUGUCACUAUGAAACAUAAAGGACCUUCCUCAAACUGUUGCCACAAAGCUGGAAGCCUUUCACUGGAAAUAUGAGGAUUAACCCAAACUGUGAAAAACAUCCCCAGACAAAGAUGUAUACUUUUGGCCAGAUAGACAGACAGACAGAUAGAUAGACCAUGGGUGAGAAAAAUAAAGACAAUCUGUCAAACACUUAUUAAAGCUGAAAAGUUCAUCUGUCCAACAGCAGAAAUAAUGUGCAUUCACACUAUCAAAGUUAUGAAACUGUUCAUUCACUCUCUACAUAUCUUUUUCAAACCUGCAGAAAAAGUGCACGACCCGUCUUGUGCAAUGAGUGUAUGAAUUCAGGCAUGCACAGAGUCUAUUAUUCUGGUCACAUCCCUUCUAUUGGUAACAUUAUCAUUUCAUCACAAACCAGUUGAGUUUGUACAAAGCGGCUAGUGUUUCCAGCGGGGCCACACCUCUCCAGCAGCUCUGGAUUGGCCCUUAUGCCAUCACUCCCUCCACCGAGUUCCGCGUUGCAGAGCAUUUAAGUCCUGCAGCGUUUCCUCCAGCCUCUACUCUCAGGCUGCAGGAGAUCCAUCUGCCACCAUGUCCGACCGUGGAUCCUUCGACACCAACGUGGUCACCAUGACCCGCUUCGUUAUGGAGGAAGGUAGGAAGGCGAAGGGAACAGGAGAGAUGACAACGCUGCUGAACUCGCUGGGCACGGCGGUGAAGGCCAUCUCCAGCGCUGUGCGCAAAGCUGGGAUCGCCCACCUUUACGGCAUUGCCGGCAGCACUAAUGUGACAGGUGACCAGGUGAAGAAGCUGGACAUUCUGUCCAACGAUCUGAUCAUCAACAUGCUCAAGUCGUCCUUCACCUCCUGUGUGCUGGUGUCGGAAGAGAAUGACAAAGCCAUCAUCAUAGAGCCAGAAACGAGGGGCAAAUACAUCGUGUGCUUUGAUCCUUUGGAUGGCUCCUCCAACAUCGACUGUCUGGUCUCCAUCGGUACAAUCUUUGCCAUCUACAGAAAGAACACAGAUGAUGAGCCAUGUGAGAAGGACGCCCUGCAGCCUGGCAGGGACCUUGUGGCAGCAGGCUACGCCCUCUAUGGCAGUGCCACCAUGAUGGUUAUCUCCACGGGCCAGGGAGUCAACUGCUUCAUGCUCGACCCAGCAAUCGGUGAAUUUAUCCUGGUUGAUCGGGAUGUAAAGAUCAAGAAGCGAGGAAAGAUCUACAGCUUGAACGAAGGCUACGCAAAUCAAUUUGAGCCCGCUGUCACAGAAUACCUGCAGAAGAAGAAGUUUCCUACGGAUGGCAGUGAGCCUUAUGGCGCCCGUUACAUUGGUUCCAUGGUGGCAGACGUCCACCGAACGCUGAUGUAUGGAGGAAUCUUUUUAUACCCAGGAAAUGUGAAGAGCCCCCAGGGAAAGCUGCGGCUGCUGUACGAAGGCAACCCCAUGGCCUUCAUCAUCGAGCAGGCGGGCGGCAUGGCCUCCACCGGCCUGGAGAACAUCCUGGACAUCCAGCCUGAUAGCAUUCACCAGCGGGCCCCUGUGGCCCUGGGGUCUACUGAGGACGUCCUGGAGUACAUCGCCAUCUGCAAGAAGCAUGCCAAGAAGUGACACCGCACCGACUCACUCGCACAACCAUCACUGUCUGGCCGAAACCUUUUAUCUCCGAACUUUUCAGGGACGAGGAGAGUGUGCCUUAAUUUGAGCCUGGUGUAAAUGUAUUUUUCAUUAUGUCUUGUGGAGUUUGAAAGAGGUUUUUAAAGCCAAAAGUUUUCAGGGGUUUUUUCUUAGUGAAAGCAUAAGAAUAACCAAAGUUGGGAGUUACAAGGUUUUCAUGCCAUACCACUAAUACUGUAUAUUUGUGCACAACAGAAAGAAGGUUGCACACAUUCCACAAAAAACUACCAAAGACCAAAAAAUGUGCCAAAAAACAAAGAAUAAUAUACUUGAUUAAACAAAAGUGAGGUUUUUUCCUCAGUUUACCUCCAGUUGUGCCUUUUUUGAUUAGAAUGAACAGACAUUCUAGACGUAUGAAGGACCAAAUACAACCUCUAUGCAAUGAAGUCUGAUGCCUUUUAUUAUGUGAACAACUACUGUUUGGAAUGAUACAUCUCAAUAAAUCCAAAUGAGUCUCAAAAGACAAAAUCAAUGUUUUCUUUAUUUUGAAAUAUGUGUUUUCAGAAAGUGUCACACCCACAAAACUCAUCUUGUCACAAAUAUAUAUAGUUUGUGUAUUCAUUGAGGGUUGGUUGUGUAAUGUUUUUAUUAGAGGAUCAAAAUGUUAGAUGCAAUGUUUCAGAGAGACAUUGAAGUAUUCUCCAGCAUACACAUUUUAUAUUGAUACAAAAGCAAAAAGGCCUGCUUGAGAAAUUAAAUAGAAAACCUCAA